CACCUUGAUUAAAUUCUUCCCUCAACAUCAACACAACCCUAAAAUCCGUCAAUGAAUAUCUCGAUCACAGCGCAGUCAUCUACUAUCCGCUCCUCAAGAUGGCUACCCCUGCCAAGCUGCACGUAACAGCUCCAGACGCAUCUUCGCCUGCUCCUGCGGGGAACGAUUCCACAGCCGCGAAACCCUCCACAAAUAAUCGAGAGAAUCCUGCAGCCGCAAGCUCAAAGCCGAAACAACAGCAGCAGCAGAAACCAAAAGUCCCCGAAGUAUCUGCCGAUGGGUCGACCGAAAAGCUCUCGCCCGCAGAGUUGAAGAAGAAAGCCAAGGCUGAAAAGGCUGCGAGACGAGCCAAAGAAAAGGCUGAGAGGGACGUCGUCGCUGGAGGAAGUGCUGCAGGCGUACAACCGCAGUCUGCACAGGGUCCUCUCUCUCAGACUCCUAGGAAAGGUGGGCAGGCAGGAAGUAAAGACGGGUCCGGGGCAGCACAGAAAGGACAGAGGAGCACGGGCGGCGCUCGUCCAUCGGCUCCAGCGCCUAUGGAAAUAAAGAAGAAAGAGGAUAAAAAUGUUGCCGUUUUUGGGCAUCUUUAUGGCGUGCCGAGGAGGUCGACUAUUGCAGGUGCAGCAAAGGAGGUUCAUCCAGCUGUCCUUGCUCUGGGAUUGCAGCUACGAGACUAUGUUGUCUGUGGUAGCAGCGCACGUUGUGUUGCGACUUUGAUUGCGUUUAAGAGGGUUAUUGAAUCAUAUACUACACCUAUCGGGACCUCGCUUGCUCGUCAUUUGACCACGCAUCUCUCGCACCAAAUCACAUAUCUAUCGACUUGUCGGCCGCUUUCUAUCAGUCAAGGAAAUGCUAUUCGGGCGCUGAAACUGUCGAUUUCUUCGAUCGACCCAUCGGUCCCAGAAGCCACAGCUAAAUCCGAGUUGUGUGAUUUUAUCGAUAAUUUCAUCCGCGAGAAAAUCACCGUGGCAGACCAGGUUAUUGCCGGUAGCGCCGCACAAAAGAUUCAGGAUGGCGAUGUUAUCGUGACAUUUGCAGGAAGCUCCAUUGUGAAGCAGACCCUCCUCGCAGCAUUUAAACAAGGAAAAAAGUUCCGCGUCUCCAUUAUCGACUCUCGUCCGUUGUUCGAAGGCAAGAAUCUUGCUCGCGCUCUGUCGAAUGCAGGACUAGAAGUUCAGUACUCUUUGAUUCAUGGUAUCAGCCAUGCUGUUAAGGAUGCAACAAAGGUCUUCUUGGGCGCCCAUGCUAUGACCGGAAAUGGCCGCUUAUACUCCCGUGUCGGCACAGCCUUGGUUGCCAUGUCUGCGAAGGAACGAUCUGGCGGUGUGGAAAUCCCAGUCAUUGUGUGUUGCGAAACUGUCAAGUUCACAGACCGAGUUGCUCUCGACAGCAUCGUCGUCAAUGAGAUCGCCGACGCCGACGAGCUCGUCACCAGACGACCACUGCAACAAGUAACAAACCUCCCAGACUCGAAAAUUGCAGCUAGCGAGAAACCCGGCAAGAAAUCGAGUAGUAGCAACGUCGCUAGCGAGCUGGCAAGCUUAAGCUUAUCCCAAAACGCAUCCUCGCCACUUCAGAACUGGAGAGACACGCCGAACUUGCAGCUCUUGAACAUCAUGCAUGACGUGACUCCAGCGGAGUAUGUCGAUAUGGUUGUCACCGAAAUGGGCAGCCUGCCACCUAGCGCCGUGCCAGUCGUCCACCGCAUGAGCACUAACUCUUAAGUCUCGCUUACACUACUGAGCGCUGUGACAACAUUUGCAGGCUGUGUCUACAUCCAUAGCGGACUAGGCGCCCACUAGAAAAUAUGCUCUUGCUCUUGCUCUUGUGUGAUACCUCAGGUCGGAUACCAAAUCCGAAUUACAUAGACCUUUCAAAUCUUCCGGGCUUUUACCUUCCAACAUAUUACGUCAUGAAAGCACGACUUAGUAUGAGUUUUAGUAUUCUCUGCGGUAAUGGUAUACGGCGAUACGUAUAUCAGCUGCUUUGUAUUUUUAAGUUUUAUGUGUAGAGCGAGUUAGCAAUGUUAAAGCAGGCAUUCACUCGCUUGUUUUCAUUGUCAGCCUAGAAGAAACUCGCAUUACUUUGUGUACGAUACUGCCUACGUAACUCGAUCAAGCAACAGCAAUUGAUUUGACUGAAAUCGCACUUAA